UUUGUAUAGUCACACGUUUUAAAUUUUUAAAGGUGUUGCAAUGAAGUAUCUCGGCGGCAUUUUUCUUUUUGUCGUACUGUUGAUCAUCGACACAAAACCAACUGAAGCUGUCUGUGGCUAUGAGUCUUGUCCCGAAACAAAACCCAACAUGGUCAACAUUCACUUGGUACCACACUCCCACGACGAUGUCGGUUGGCUAAAGACGGUGGAUCAGUACUACUAUGGCCACAAGAACAACAUCCAGCAUGCUGGUGUCCAGUACAUCAUUGACACAGUCAUCACAGAGCUUAUCAAGGAUCCCAAACGUCGCUUCAUCCAGGUGGAGACCUCUUUCUUUGCCAAAUGGUGGGAGCAACAGACGGAGACCCACAAACUGGUGGUCAAGAAAUUGGUCAACGAAGGUCGUCUGCAGUUCACCAACGGCGCCUGGAGCAUGAACGAUGAGGCGGCAGUCAACUAUCAGAGUGUGAUCGAUCAGUUCACAGUGGGAUUAAAGUUUCUUGAUGAGACGUUCGGUAUUUGUGCACGUCCUCGCGUUGGCUGGCAGAUCGAUCCUUUCGGUCACAGUCGCGAGCAGGCCUCAUUGUACGCACAAAUGGGAUACGAUGGAGAGUUCUUUUCUCGCAUGGAUCACAGCGAUAAGUUCAGGCGCAUGGUUGACCUCGCACUGGAAAUGGUUUGGGAUGCCAGCGAAUCCUUGAGUGAAGUGAAGCUCUUCACUGGUCUGCUCUACAACCACUACUGGGACACUCCCGGCUUCUGCUUCGAUGUGCACUGCAAUGACGAUCCAAUUAUCGACGGAGACAGUUACGAUAACAACGUCAAGUCCAGGGUGGACGAUUUCAUCGCCUUUGCGGCUAAGGUCGCGGCAAACUUCCGCACGACCCACAUCAUGAUACCCAUGGGAGGUGACUUCCAGUACGAAGAUGCUGAGGUCAACUUCAAGAAUAUGGACAAGUUGAUCAAAUAUGUCAACGCACGCCAGGCUACUGGAUCCCACUACAAUAUAUUUUACUCGACACCCGGCUGCUACCUGAACUCUGUUCAUCAAGGUCUACAGUCGUACCCCAACAAAACUCUCGACUUCUUCCCCUAUGCCAGUGACUCCAACAGCUUCUGGACAGGUUACUACACCUCCCGACCCACCCAGAAACGCUUCGAGCGCGACGGCAAUCACAUGCUGCAGACCGCCAAGCAGCUCAGUGUCUUCGCCGGGCUCUCGAGCGAGCAGCAGAAGGAGGACCUGGACUACCUCCGCCAGAUAAUGGGUGUGAUGCAGCACCACGAUGCCAUCACUGGAACGGAGAAGCAGGCCGUGUCCAACGACUACGAUCGUCUGCUGUACGAUGGCAUUAUCGGAGGAGCCAGCAAUGCCCGGGAUGCCCUGCGAGUCCUGACCAACCUUCCUGAGGGGGAGUUUGAGAGCUGCCUGCAGCUCAACAUCAGUGAGUGCGCCUUCACCAAGGACAGUGCCGACAACGUGGUCGUGACCCUGUUCAACCCAUUGGCCCACACCUCCUCCCAGUAUGUGCGAGUGCCAGUGAAGAAGGAGAGCUACCAGGUGACCGAUGAGAAGGGACGCGUGGUGGCCUCUGAAGUUGUCCCGGUGGCCUGGCAGGUCCUGGCUCUGGAAUACCGCGAUAACAACACUCAGCACGAACUUGUCUUCAAGGCCUCCGUGAACAAGAUCGCCAGCUACUUCAUUAAGAAGGUCGAGACGAGAGAAAACAAGGAAAUUGUCCUGCCCAAGUCUGAUAAAAAGUCUGUGAAGGAAACCGAAAAGAACUUGGAGGUGCCCAAGCGAUUCAAGAAGGUGAAUUCGAUGAAGAAGGUCGAGACCCACGCCGAUGAUGAUUCCGAAACUGUGGUGCAGACAUCCCAGAUCAAGCUGGUGAUCGACAAUAAUACGGGUCGCUUGAAGAGCGUUGAAAUGAAUGGGGUCGUUGAGGAUAUUGAGCAGAAAUUUGGAGUGUAUGAAACUUCUGCUUCUGGUGCAUACGUGUUCCGUGAGGUAGAGUCUACCGAGAUGCAAUUCUUGACUACAGAUGUGGAGUUUACGGUUUACGAUGGAACUUUGGUCAAGGAAGUCCACCAGCAGUUCAACGAAUGGAUCUCCCAGGUCAUUCGCAUCUACGAAGGUGUCAACCGUGUGGAGUUCGAGUGGCUCAUCGGGCCUAUUCCAACGGACGAGGACACUGGCAGGGAAAUUGUGACACUUUUCUACAGCGAAAUCUCCUCGAAUGGCGUCUUCUACACCGACUCCAAUGGCCGCGAGAUGAUUAGACGAGAAAAGGACAAGCGCGAAGAUUUCACUCCCGAUUUGUCGAGGCAGCCCACCAGUGGAAAUUACUAUCCAGUCGUAUCCCGCAUUGCCUUGCAGGACAGCAACAAGCGCAUUGCACUGCUCAACGAUCGUGCACAGGGAGGAACUAGCAUGAAGGACGGACAGUUGGAGCUCAUGCUCCAUCGUCGUCUUAUUCGUGAUGAUGGAUAUGGAGUGGGAGAGGCUCUGAACGAGCAGAAGUACGACAAACCCCUCAUUGCACGCGGAAAAGUCUACUUGAUCCUCAACUCUGUGGAGGAAUCGACCAAAGUGGAGCGUUUGGCCGAGAAGGAGAUCCUCCUUCCUUUCUCCGUUUUCUUCAGCAAGGCCAGCAGUCAGAGCCAGACCCAGAGCGCUAUCGCCAAGGCGGUGCCCAGCUUCGAUGACUUCCCACCGUCGGUUCAUCUGCUCACCCUUGAGCCCUUCACCGAUAACGAGAUCCUUCUGCGUGUGGAGAACUUCCUGGAUCACAUCGAAGGCAAGGUAGUUAGCUUCAACAUUCGGCCGAUCUUCGAUAGCUUGGGUGGUGUGGAGAUCCGCGAAACGACCUUGGAUGGCAACCUGCCACUGAGCGAGAUGAAGCGAUUCAAGUUCCAUGCGGAAGGAUCCGGAGCGAUAUCAACAGAGGCCGAGUACUACACCGCGGCGCACAAGCCCCUGGCUGCCGAUAGUUCUCUAGAAGCUUCGGAGUUCAGUGUUACCCUGCACCCAAUGCAAAUUCGUACUUUUAUAAUCAAGAAGAAAUAAAUUAGAAUAAAAAACUGAAAUGAAAGAAA